UGUCAUCGAGUGUGCCCGUCGUACGAAGUCAAAACCUUAAACCCUAGAGAAGAGGCUUUAAGCUAAGCUCGUGCCUCCUCCUCCGGCGACGAGUCGAGUUUUUGGUGCAAUCCACAGACAUGGACAGGUCUUUGGUGGCGCUGGAUAAAGGCACAACCUGCUCCUCCUGGAACUACUCCGGCCAGAGAUUAGCCACCGGUUCCGUCGACGGUACUCUCUCCGUUUUCGAUUCGCUGGACCCUGCAUCUUCCUCCUCCUUCACCCGCACUCACAAAUCUAGGGUACAUGAAAGUAGCAUCAUUAAGGUGGUUUGGGUUCCUCCAGAGUAUGGUGAUGCUGUGGCAUGUGUUUGUGAGGAUGGAACUUUGUCAUUGUGGGAGGAGCUUGUAGAAGAUGCAAAACCCCUUACAUGGAAGCUGUGCAAAAUCUUUAGAAGCAAUUCUGUUCAAGUUCUAGAUAUCGAAUUUGGAUUGACUUUAUCUGGCUUAAAAAUGGUUGCUGCUUAUUCGGAUGGCCAUGUCAAAGUCUACGAGGUCCUAGAUCCCUUGGAACUAAAGAAUUGGCAACUUCAGGCUGAGUUUCAGAAUGUUAGUGACUCGGUAUCCACAUUAGGGAAAGCAAUGUGUUCAUCUGCAUCUAUAUCUUGGAACCCACUAAGAGGUGAAGGCCAUGAAUCAAGUUUUGUUUUGGGUUUCAAUUCGAAUCUGGCACAACUUAAUUCAUCCAAGGUAUGGGAAUUUGAUCAGGCUCAUCAAAGGUGGCUUCCAGUUGCAGAAUUGGCUUUGCCUGAUGACAAGGGUGAUGCAGUCUAUGCUGUUGCAUGGGCACCAAAUAUUGGAAGGCCCUAUGAGAUAAUAGCUGUUGCUACCUACAAAGGAAUUACAAUAUGGCAUCUUGGUUUGAAACCUGAUCCUGAUGGAAGGCUCUCCACAGAGAAAGUUGCAUUGCUUUCUGGUCAUGAAGGCGAGGUAUGGCAGAUGGAAUGGGACAUGAGUGGAAUGACAUUGGCAACCACCGGAAAGGAUGGAGUGGUGAGGUUGUGGCAGUCUAACUUGAAUGGUGCUUGGCAUGAACAGGCUGCAUUUGAAGCUACCACUUAACCCCUUGCACUAAGGUAACAGAAUUUCAAUUGGGCCUAUUUUAGCCCACUUGUUUGUAGAAAUACCAGUUUUGAAGCACUGGAGGGGCAAGUUGAACUCUCAAAUUGAACACUUAUAUGUUGAAGUAGUUCAUAGUUGUAUAUUCAUAUUGGAAUCUUUUUGGUGGAUUCUCAAUGUUUUAUGAUUCUUUUCAUGCUUUGUUACAUAA